GAAGCUGGCUGGAAGUCAAUGGGGGAAUUUGUUCAAGUGGUCACGUGAAGUUCACCCUCCACCAGGCCAAGAGAAUUACAAUUGUGAUCCUCCUCUGAAGGCAGUCUGGCUGGGAACUUCCAAAGCAGCAAACAGAUCCAGCACAGCACAGAUGUAGAGUCCAGGAGGAAAUGGAAAACAUCGCCCUGGAAGUCUCGAGCCACAGGCAUAUUUGAGCUUCUGGAUCACUUUCUUCACAAGUCCUGAAACAGAGCAAAAUGGUUAACCGAGAGAUAAGUGUUUGCCAACAAACAUGGACUCUAUUAUGCAAGAAUUUGAUUAGAAAAAAGAGAAUGAGAAGAGACACAAUAUUGGAGUGUUUGUAUUCAGCCAUUCUGUUAGUGAGCUUAUAUAUGUUUCCUGAAGUACAUCAAGUUUAUGAUUUUUCAUUUCCUACUGUGAGCCUGGGACGUAUUGAUUCAUUCAAUGAUUCUACAUUCACCAUCGCAUACACACCAGACACCCAAACAACUCAGAGAAUAAUGAAUAAAGUCUCUUCUGCUUCCUUCAUGAAAGGAAUAAAAGUAAUGGCAUUUCCAGAAGAAAGAAAUAUGACAGAAUCACAUUCAAGUGAUGAACAUGCUGUGAGAGUUAUUUUUACCAAUACUUACUCUUAUCACUUGAAGUUUCCGGAAGGAGCUGGAAUCCCAACCAUAAAGGAACAUGAAGACCAUUCAGCUCAUUGUCAUAUGUAUGGAAUGACAAUGUUUUGUGAUAGCUCCAUGUUCUGGACAGAUGGUUUUGUGACUCUUCAAGCUGCCAUUAAUGCUGCAAUUAUAGAAGUCACAACAAAUCAUUCAGUGAUGGAAGAGUUGAUGUCUGUUACUGGAACAUAUAUGAAAACAGAUCCCUUCAUUGCUCAAGGAGGAAUAAUGACUGAUUUCUUCAUUUUCAUCUGCAUUAUUUGUUUUUCUCCAUUCACAUACUAUGUGUCAGCUGGUGUCACAAGAGAACGGAAAAGGAUGAAGGGCUUGAUGAAAGCGAUGGGUCUUCGAGAUUCUGCCUUCUGGCUCUCCUGGGGUUUGCUCUACACUGCCAUUAUCUGCAUUAUGUCCCUUUUCUUGGCACUUAUUGUAAAGGAGGUCCAGUUUGUCAUUCGGACUGGCUUCAUGGCAGUCUUCAGUCUCUUCUUCUUUUAUGGCCUUUCUUUGAUCACAUUGUCUUUCUUAAUGAGCAUCUUGCUGAAGAAGUCUUUCCUCACCGACUUCGUGGUAUUCAUUCUCACUGUCUUCUGGGGAAGUCUGGGAUUUGCGUCCUUGUACAGAUACAUUCCUAUGCCCUUGGAAUGGAUUCUGUGUGUUUUUAGUCCCUUUGCCUUCACACUUGGAAUGGCCCAGCUCUUACAUGUGGAUUUUGAUAUUAAUUCUAAUACAGACACAAUGAGCAACUCAAAUCUGAUCAUGGCUACAACCUUCAUGCUGUUCUUUGACACUUCCCUUUACCUGGUGCUUACAUUUUACUUUGAAAAGGUUUUACCAAAUGAAUAUGGCCAUCGGUAUUCACCCUUGUUUUUCCUGAAGUCCUCAUUCUGGUCACAACAAAAAAUGGUGGUCCUUGAGAAUGAAAUGGACUAUGAAUUUUCUGAUGAGUCUUUUGAGCCAGUGUCUACAGAAUUCCAUGGGAAAGAAGCAAUAAGAAUCAGAAACCUCACAAAAGAAUAUUCAGGAAAACCAAAAUGUAUAGAAGCUUUGAAAGAUCUGGCACUGGACAUAUAUGAAGGCCAGAUCACUGCAAUCCUUGGUCACAGUGGAGCUGGGAAGUCAACACUGUUAAAUAUUCUUGGUGGACUAUGUGUUCCCACCAAAGGUUGGGUCACAAUCUAUAAUAACAAACUUUCAGAAAUGAAUGAUUUAGAAUGUAUUAGCAAGUUCACUGGAGUUUGUCCACAAUGCAAUGUACAAUUUGAUUUCCUCACUGUGAGGGAAAAUCUCAGGCUCUUCGCUAAGAUAAAAGGAAUUCAUCCGCAUGAAGUGAAUAAUGAGGUACAAAGAAUUCUACUGGAAUUGGAAAUGAAAAAUAUUCAAAAUGUCCUUGCUCAGAACUUGAGUGGUGGACAGAAAAGAAAACUAACCUUUGGAAUUGCCAUUUUAGGAGACCCUCAGAUUUUCCUACUGGAUGAACCCACUGCUGGGCUGGAUCCAUUUUCCAGGCACCGAGUAUGGAACCUCCUUAAGGAACGCAAAGCUGGCCGUGUGGUCCUCUUCAGUACCCAGUUCAUGGACGAGGCUGACAUCCUGGCUGAUAGGAAAGUGUUCCUCUCCAAAGGGAAGCUAAAGUGUGCAGGUUCAUCCUUAUUUCUAAAGAAGAAGUGGGGGAUUGGAUACCACUUAAGUUUGCAGCUGAAUGGAAUGUGUGUGCAAGAAAAAAUCACAUCACUUGUCAGACUGCACAUCCCUGAGGCCAGAUUGUCAGCAGAGAGUGAAGAUAAACUUAGCUAUAUAUUACCCUUAGAAAGAACAAACAAAUUUCCAGAUCUUUAUAGAGAUCUCGAAAGCUGUUUUGACCUGGGAAUUGAGAAUUAUGGUGUUUCUAUGACAACAUUGAAUGAGGUGUUCUUGAGCCUAGAAGGAAAAUCAGCUGUUGACCAGUCAGAUGCCAGUGCUUUGUUGGAUACACAGGCUGCAGGGACAAGAGACACAGCAGGGUUUGUAGAGAUGGAGCAACUUGUCUGUUCACUAAAUGGCAUGAAAAAGACUCAGGAAGGCAUGGCUCUCUGGUGGCAACAACUCCGUGCAGUUACGAGACUUCGUUUCUUGAAGUUAAAGCAUGAAAGAAAAGCUAUCUGUAUGCUGAUUCUGGCUUUUGGAGUCGGACUUCUUCAUAUCUUGGCAUCAAAUGCUCACAGGAUAGCAUAUCAAGAUGAUUACUGUUGGGAUCUGUCUCCUAACAUGUAUUUCCUUGCUCCUAACCAACAGCCGCGGGAUCCUCUCACUAACUUACUGAUCAUCAAUAAGACAGGAACAAAGAUUGAUGACUUUAUACAUGCCCUGGAACAGCAAAACAUAGCUUUGGAAGUGGAUGCUUUCGGAGCUAGAAAUGGUACCGAUGAGACACUGUACAAUGGUGCUAUCAUUGUGUCAGGUGACAAAAAGAAUUACAACUUUACAUUAUCAUGCAAUACAAAAAGACUGAAUUGCUUCCCAGUUCUUAUGGAUAUUGUUAGUAAUGGGCUACUUGGACUGUUCACACCAUCAGUGCGCAUUCAGACUGACCGUAGCACUUUUUAUAAGGGUGAAAGUGAGCCUGGACAGUAUAACUUCAUGUUUUAUAUCAUCUCCUGGAUCCUUUUGAUGACCUGCGUUUCUCCUUAUAUAUCCAUGACCAACAUUGAUGACUAUAAGAGCAAAACCCAGUUCCAGCUGUGGGCUUCUGGCCUCUACCCAUCUGCUUACUGGUUUGGGCAGGCUCUGGUGGAAGUCCCCAUCUACAGCUUGCUCAUCUUGUUCAUGUACGUCGCGUACUAUGCCGUACACCUGCAAGGGGUCGUGUUUGCAACACUAGAUCUGUUUAUUCAGAUCCUGUACAUUGUUGGCUAUGCCACAUCAAUUAUCUUCAUGACAUACAUGAUAUCGUUCCUUUCUCGCAAGGGAAGAAAAAACAGUGGCAUUUGGUCAUUUUGCUUCUAUAUUGUUACCCUUUUUUCUGUAACUUUUGAGCUGAUUGAAUACUAUAGAGAGACAGCGCUGUUUUGUAUUACUCUGUUAAUUCCACCUGCUACGCUGGUUGGCUGUACAUUACUGCACUUUGAGUAUCGUGCAUACAAUGACCUUGUUUUUAUAGAACCAGCAAGGAAAUUUGUCUAUUUGUUGUUCCUAACACCUUUUGUUCAUAUUAUCAUCUUUCUUGUUAUUCUACGAUAUCUGGAAUUCAAGCUUGGGAAGAAAACAAUGAGGAAGGACCCAGUCUUUAGGAUUGCUUCCAGAAGUGCCCAUGUAUGUCCUAAUCCAGAAGAGGCAGAAGGGGAGGAUGAAGAUGUUACUCGGGAGAGAGCAAGAACAGCUGAUGCUUUGACUUCAGCAGACUUUGAAGAGAAGCCUGCCAUUAUUGCCAGCUGCCUUCGCAAGGAAUACUCAGACAAGAAGAAGUGUUUCUAUUUUAAGAAAAAGAAGAAAAUAGCAACAAGAAAUAUCUCUUUCUGUGUUAGAAAAGGAGAGGUUGUAGGGUUAUUGGGACACAAUGGAGCUGGUAAAAGCACAUGCAUUAAGAUGAUCACCGGAGAGACAAAACCAAGUGCAGGACAGGUGUUACUAAAUGGGAGCAGCAGAGGAGAUGACCUGGGUUUCCUGGGAUACUGUCCUCAGGAGAAUAAUCUGUGGCCCAACCUAACAGUGAGGGAGCAUCUGGAGGUGUUCGCUGCAGUGAAGGGGCUGAGCAAAGGUGACGCCAUGGUGGCCAUUACACGGUUGGUGGACGCGAUGAAGCUGCAGGACCAGCUGAAGGCUCCCGUGAAGACCCUAUCAGAGGGGGUGAAGAGAAAGCUGUGCUUCGUGCUGAGCGUCCUGGGGAACCCGUCAGUGGUGCUUCUGGACGAGCCGUCCACCGGGAUGGACCCCGAGGGCCAGCAGCAGAUGUGGCAGGCAAUCCGGGCCACCUUUGCAAAUUCCAAGAGGGGAGCUCUACUGACCACCCAUUACAUGGCAGAAGCCGAGGCCGUGUGUGAUCGUGUGGCCAUCAUGGUGUCUGGAAGGCUGAGAUGUAUUGGUUCUAUCCAACACCUGAAGAGCAAAUUUGGCAAAGAAUACCAACUGGAGAUGAAGGUGAGGACCCCUGCACAGGUGGAGGCCCUCCACUCAGAGAUCCUGAGAAUUUUUCCCCAGGCUGCUCGGCAGGAACGGUACGCCUCUCUGAUGGUCUAUAAAUUGCCCAUGGAGGACGUGAGACCCUUAUCCCAAGCAUUCUUCAAACUGGAGACAGUUAAACAGAACUUCAACUUGGAGGAGUACAGCCUCUCGCAGUCCACCCUGGAGCAAGUUUUCCUGGAGCUCUCCAAGGAGCAAGAGUUGGAUGGGUUUGAAGAGGAACUGGAUCAGUCAGUGAAGUGGAAACUCCUCCCACAGGAAGACCCUUAAAGUCUACAGAUAUUCUGUGCUUUUGCCUAUGGGUGCAUGCUCCCCAACAGAAGUGGUUUAUUAAAAAAAUAAAAUUUGGGCCAGGCGUGGUGGUGCACGCCUUUAAUCCCAGCACUCAGGAGGCAGAGGUAGGAGGAUCGCCCUGAGUUCAAGGCCACCCUGAGACUACAUAGUGAACUCCAGGUCAGCCUGAGCUAGAGUGAGAACCUACCGCAAAAAAAAAAAAAAGUCUUUAUUGCUACCUAUCCAUUAUAAGUCAAUGAAGUAUUCAAAGAUAGAGAUAUCAAGAAGUAAUUGGAUCAUGAGGCAGUGCUCUUGUGAAUAGGAUUCAUGCCCAGAAAAAGAGAACCAUUGAGCUAACUCAUUCUCUUCUUAAAGUCUUUUUGGUCAUUACAAUUUUUGGCAUAUUUUUGAGAUCUUUAUUAUAUAAACAUGUUACAUACUGGCCAUAUUCCCACUGGGUUAUACUGCUACGUUCCCUCUCCCUCACCCCAUUCCACUGAGGGCCCUCCUCGGUGGAGUUAUCAGUAUUCACUCUGAGGUCAUGAAUGCACCAGUCAGUCUCUGUGUGGCAGAUAGUGCCUCAGUGGGUACCUUCCCACACUGUGGUUCUUACAUUUAUUUCUACCCCUGCUUCCUCAAUGUUCCCUGAGCCUUGGAAUGCCUUGGUCAUUAUAGUUAUGAAUACAUAUUAAUCAUACAAGUUAAUGGCUUUACUGUGACAUUUCAAUACAUGUGUGCAUUGUGCAUGGGUUACACCCUUCCCUGUUCUUUGUCCUCUCUCAUCAUCCUUUCUCUCCCUUCAGCCUCAUUCCAGUCCUUAAUGUCCAUCUGCUACCUUCAGAUAUUUUGUAUAUUUUAUGUUCGUUACCAUAUAAGAGAGAAAAAUUACAAUACUUGGCUUUCUUUGUCUGGUAUAUUUUGCUCUGCACAAUGUCCUCUAGAUUCAUUUAUUUUCCUACAAACAAUAAGAUUUCUUUCUUUAUAUACACAUAUAUGUAUCAUAUAUAUGAUAUAUAUAACAAAUUGUCUUUAUCCAUUCCCUGGUUGA